UAUGUUUCUCAGUAAAAGAUACUUUACAUUCUUGUUUCGUAAAUAUUAAUAGCUUCCGCAUGCGUAUAUGGAUUAUUUGACCCUUUGUCGUUAGUGGUGACGGCCUGGGACGUCACAGCCCCGCUUUGAUUGGUAUCAAAGCAUAGGUUUACCCUGGAGUGAUAAGGUACGCCAGUGGAGUAGUUAGGAUAAGCGUGCGCGAUUUAAAGUGCUAUAUAUGUGUGUGCUUGUUGUUGUGAGCUAGGAGAAUAAGUGACGUGCCCCUUACUUGUGUGAUGUGGUAGUGUUACUAACGGGCUUUAGUAACAUUUGUUACUUAUGAGUUGGUUAAUAACAUUGGUCAUCUAUAGUGAUGGAUGAUCGUUGUGCUGAGUAGUUCAGGAUGAGAAGAGCAAUAGGAACAAGAACUUUUGACAGGACACGACGUGUGAAUGAAAUAGAACUAACAGGCGAAGCAGGGACUUCAGGAGUGGCAGGAACUUCAGGCGGAGCUGGAAAUUCAAAUGGAACAGGAACUUUCGGGGGAGCAAAUGCACCACCAUCUAUGGAUCCACGGGUGGAUGGAAUUCUACAAGCAUUGGUGAAUGUGGGAGCUCUGUUUGAAAGGCAGGCUCAACAACAGGCAGCGGUAGAAGGUGGUGAUGACCGCCGUAUAUAAGGACUAGUUGAGCAAUUUCUGAAGUUGAAGCCGACUCACUUCGCUGGUAAUGGAGAUCCAAGUGAGGCGGAUAGGUGGAUAGUUAGAAUGGAGAAGAUUUACAAUCUUUUGCGCUGUAAUGAUGCUGAUAAGGUUACACUGGUAGAAUAUCAAUUGGAAGGAAAUGCUCAACAUUGGUGGGAGGCGUCAAAAGGUACGGUAUUUCCGGUAGGUGGGGAAGUUACUUGGAGAGGUUUUGUAGAUGCCUUUACUGGAAAAUAUUUCUCUGAAAGUGCCAAAGAAAAGAAGAUGAUGGAGUUCAUGCAGCUGAUCUAGGGCAAUUUAACAGUGGAUCAGUAUGAGGCUAAAUUUUUAGAACUGUCAAGGUAUGCUCCUCGGUUGGUUGAAAAUCGAGAAGAUAAAGCUAGAAAGUUCCUGAAUGGUAUGAGGAAAGAUAUUAGGAAACAAUUGGUGCCUUUUAAUCUAAAGAAUUAUGAUGAACUGUAUGAGCGAGCUCAAUUGGUGGAGCAGGAAUUACUGAAGGAGAGAGCAGAAAUGGGACAACAAUCAAGGUCGAAUCUGCAAGGCACUAAUGAUAGACGAGACAAAAGACCGUUUCAAUUUGGGAGACAUCCGUUUACUCCGAAUAAAAGACGAAACUUUGUGAAUUUCGGAGUUGGAAAUAAUCAGUCAUUGUAUCGUGAACAACCUUUGAAUGAAUUGUGUCGACAGUGUGGAAAAGCACAUGGGAAUUUACCAUGCAUGGCGUCAAAGAUAUCUUUCGUUUCUGCUUUGGAGGCUUAUCAGCUUCUUGAAAAGGGUGCCCAAGGACAUCUAGCUGUAGUAAAGGAUCAAUCCAAGAAAGAAGUGAAACUCGAGGAAGUUUUAGUGAUUCGAGAUUUUUCUGAUGUUUUUCCGGAAGAGUCACCAGGAUUGCCACCAAAGCGAGAAAUAGAGUUUGUGAAUGAACUCGCACCUGGAACGGAACCAAUCUCAAAGGCUCCUUAUCAUAUGGCCCCGGCGGAGUUAAAAGAGUUAAAGGUGCAAUUACAAGAAUUGCUUGAUAAAGGAUUUAUACGACCAAGUUCGUCACCUUGGGGUGCUCAUGUAUUAUUUGUGAAAAAGAAGGAUGGAUCUUUGCGUCUCUGUAUCGACUAUAGGUAAUUGAAUCAAGUGACAAUCAAGAACAAGUACCCGUUGCCUAGAAUUGACGACUUAUUCGAUCAAUUGCAAGGAGCCUCUGUGUUCUCAAAGAUUGAUCUAAGGUCGAGAUAUCAUCAGUUGCGAAUCAAGAAGGAGGAUAUUCCUAAGAUGGCUUUUAGGACUCGAUAUGGCCAUUACAAGUUCCUAGUCAUGCCAUUUGGUUUGACUAACGCACAUGUUGUAUUUAUGGACUUAAUGAAUAGGGUGUUUAAGCCGUUCUUAGAUCGGUUUGUAAUAGUUUUCAUUGACGAUAUCUUGAUAUAUUCAAAAGGACCGGAAGAGCAUGAAAAGCAUCUGAGAAGUGUGCUUCAGACACUCAGAGAGCAUAAGUUAUAUGCAAAGUUUAGCAAAUGUGACUUUUGGCUGGAUCGUGUAGAAUUUCUGGGACAUGUUGUAACAGUUGAUGGAAUUUCUGUAGACCCGGCUAAGGUCGAAGCCGUGAUUAAUUGGUCGAGACCAACGACAGUGACGGAGAUACGAAGUUUCUUAGGACUAGCAGGGUAUUAUCGAAGAUUCGUGGAAGGAUUUUCUCGUCUAGCUGGUCCUUUAACUCAACUCACUCGAAAGAACGCCAAAUUCAAAUGGAACGAGGAGUGUGAGUU